CUAAAGAGUUCUAAACACGCGAGAAUGAAUGUGCUUUCUUCUUCGCUCAUGCUGUGUCGUGCCUGAGAAUUUAGCCUGAUCACAUGUCACAAGCGAUGGAUCAAGAGCCGGUACCAUACGAAGACCCUGGUGCUGUGCCAUAUGGCAACUUUCCAAAUUAUUAUAGCUUUAAUCCACCAGAAAACCGCAUUAGCCUCUUAACCCCAGGACUGCUUCGAAAGUUUCUCCAUGCAUCAAGCGAAGCCAAGAACCAGAAAGACCAUAGUCAUCCCAUACUGGCUUUUGACGUUGGCUGCAACUCAGGCCAACUAAGUGUAGCAUUAUAUGAUCAUCUAAUGGAGUCAUCCAAGCCUUCUGAUGGUCCGUCUGAUGUUCACUUCUUAUGCUGUGAUAUUGAUGCAGACCUUAUCAGCAAAGCUCAAGCUUCCAAUCCCUUCCCAGACUCCAUCACAUACAUGACUUUAGACAUUAUGGAUUCUUCAAUGGUAGAAGGCCCAAUACACCGCUUCCUUGAUGGUUUGGGUCAAUCGACUUUCAAUAUAGGAUUUUGCAUGUCGGUGACCAUGUGGAUCCAUUUAAAUCAUGGCGACGAGGGGCUGGUGGAGUUUCUUAGACGGCUUACAACCCUUUGUGACUACCUUUUGAUUGAACCUCAGCCGUGGAAAUGUUAUCGGUCAGCUGCCCGCCGUUUGCGCAAGCUUGGAAGACAGGACUUCGACCACUUUCAUACUCUUUCUAUCCGGGGGAACAUGGCAAAGAAAAUAACUUGUAUACUCACCAGGGAGGGAAAUGCUGAACUUGUUCACCGUUUUGGGAAAACGGUGUGGGACAGAAGCCUCCUACUUUUCAAAAUAAAUAGAUCCACAUAAGUAUUAA